UCUUUGUUCUCUGGCAAUCGGUAAAACCAUACUCGAUUAAUCCCGACGCGUUGAAGAUAAACAAAAGAUAAAUACCGAGUGGCACCACGCACGUAACAUCCCCUUAAUCCUUUAAUCUAUGCGAUCUAUUGCCCCGUGCGUGGAACACCAACUGAGAAUUAGCGUUCCCUCGUUGCUGGCUCACGGCUGCGGUUGAAUUAUUGUCUCUGUAUCAGAAACCAGCCCUCGUAAUGCGAUUCCACCGAGAAAUUACGCAGCGUGACGACGGGAAUCGUUCCACCAAGACACCCCUCUACGGAAACUCUUCGCGGAAAGGGAACGAAGAAAGAAUGGAAGAUGACAGGAAGAGAGACGUCCGCGUUAUCUCGAGCAUGUCGCGCGGAAACCAUGGCGAAAAACUCGACGGAAAGCGAACAGCAUCCUCGCGAUGGCUAUGAAUUAUGCAUGGGGCUCGACUGACGAAACUUUACGACGGGUUGGCAAGUGGCGCCACGAGGGACAUUCGCUGUUUUGUCAGUGUUUCGCGGAGCAGGUGUCCAGCGCAGCUACUAUCCACAAACAGAAAAACACAGGAACAUACCGGGGGGGUCUGCCGCGUCCUGAGACUUCCAUCAACUGUCCCAGCGACCUGGGGAGGAUGUUGGAUUCGGAGGGUAGCGCGGAGAGCGUCCGCGGUUCGGAGAAUUCGACGGCGCGCGAGGAAACGAUCGUCACGCUGCCGAAUCGGCAGAAUGCGGACGGUGACAAGCUCGAGGAAUUCGAGAAGCUGCUUCAAACGAUUUUACCUUCUCGCACACCGUCGCAGGAGGAGGAGGAAACGGAAGAGAACGAGAUCGAGAAGAAGAUAGGUUCGUCCUUGUUCGCUACGGUGCCUGCAACGUGUGCCGAUUUUGGUACACGCCGAAACUUAUUUUCAGGCCAAGCGACAUUCUAA